UUUAAUUAGACGGCCAUGUUCUAUGUAUAGCCGUUACGUUCAAGAUGAUUCCUCGUCAUGCUCAUCGUCGUCACUGUCAAGAGACGACGAAAAUAUAGCACAAAGUGCAGAAAUUCGAAGGUCUAACACAGAUGCGGCGUCGUUUCGAAGGAUAGCAAGUAUGUCAUUAUCUAAAACAAAAUCCAGACUAAUUGAUCGUCCAUCUACACCAAUAUUGGAUAAUCAUAAAUCUGGGCAGCUGAACACGAAAUCUGGUUUACUUGGAAAAACUUCAUUGUAUGAGGAUGAAGAAGAUGAUCCACUCUUAGAUCAUGAUGAAUUUUCAGAAGGGUUUAAGAGAUCUAAAAUGGGUAGAUCCAUGAUUCUAAUUGAAUGGGUAAGUCUUGGUUUAAUCAUGUGUUGUUUAAUUUUAACUUUAACUUUUCCGAAUUUUAGGGAGAAAACUUUCUGGAAUAUGAAGUUGUGGAAAUGGGAAGUUUUAAUCCUUGCUGUUAUUUGUGGGAGAUUAGUUUCUAAUUGGGGGAUUAGGGUAGUUGUCUACCUUAUUGAGAGAUACCUUUUACUUAAAAAACAAAAACGGGUUUUAUAUUUUGUUUACGGGUUAAAAAAGGACGUCCAGAACGUGAUCUGGUUGGGUCUGAUCCUCGUGACUUGGUACUUUUUAUUCGAUAAGAGGGUUCAAUUAGAGUCGAGGAGUGAACAACUUAGGUUCGUUACUAAAUUCUUGAUUGUAAGUGAAAUAGGAGCUAUUUUAUGGUUUCUAAAGACCUUAUUGGUUAAGGUAUUAGCAUCAAAUUUCCAUGUCAAGGCGUUUUUCGAUCGAAUUCAAGAGUCAUUGUUCAAUCAAUUUGUGAUUGAGACACUCUCAGCUCCCCCAUUGCUUGAGAUUGAACAAACUCAAGAGGAAGAAGAACGAGCCAUGGUUGAAGAAGUUCAAUCACUGCAGAAUGCAGAAGCUACCAUGCCUCCUGAACUUCGAGUUAAUGUGUUUUCCCACUUCUUUAAAAGAACACCCUCGAAGAAGAAACUUACUCAAGAUCAACCAAAUGCAACACCUUAUAAGAACUCGAUAGGACGGAGUUUUAGGUACUCUGGCCCGAUUUCUAAGAAACAGGAUGAUGAUGUUGAUGAUGGCAUACCGAUUGAACACUUGCAGAAACUUAAUCAGAAGAAUGUUUCAGCUUGGAAUAUGAAGAGAUUGAUGAAAAUUAUUCGAUAUGGAUCCUUGACUACCUUAGAUGAACAAAUUGUGGGUGUUACAACUCAGGAUGAUGAUUCAUCAACACAUAUUAGGAGUGAGGUUGAGGCUAAGGCUGCUGCUAGGAAAAUAUUUCGCAACGUUGCUCGACCUCAUUCUAGGUAUAUUUAUUUAGAUGAUAUUCUGCGUUUCAUGAAAGAAGAUGAAGCCUUGAGGACAAUGGGUCUCUUUGAAGGGGCUAUUGAAAAUGAGAGAAUUAGCAAGAAAUCGUUGAAGAAUUGGGUGGUGAAUGCAUUUCGGGAACGAAGAGCACUUGCAUUAACUCUUAGUGACACUAAAACAGCCGUUAACAAGUUACACAAAAUGGUGAAUGUUUUAGUGAGCAUAAUUCUUAUAAUUUUUGGGUUUAUAUUCCUAAAUAUUAUUACUUCACAAUCUCUCUUAUUCUUAAGCUCUCAAGUUGUUGUUGUGGCCUUUGUCUUUGGAAACACUUGCAAAAAUGUGUUCGAAUCCAUUAUUUUCUUGUUCGUGGUACACCCAUUCGAUGUUGGUGAUCGUUGUGAGAUUGACGGAGUUCAGAUGGUUGUGGAGGAGAUCAACAUUUUAACCACAGUAUUUUUAAGAUUUGACAACCAAAAGAUAGUUUUCCCAAACUAUAUUCUUUUGACAAAGCCUAUCCCUAACUACUACCGUAGCCCUGAUAUGGGAGAUGGAAUUGAACUGUGUUUCCACAUUGCAACCCCUCCUGAAAAAAUUACAGUCAUAAAGCAAAGAAUAACAAGUUAUAUAGACAACAAGAAGGAACAUUGGUAUCCAGACCCAAUGGUAGUUUUGAAGGAUACGGAUGGUUUAAAUAUGUUGCGGAUAGCAGUUUGGCUACAACAUCGGAUGAACCACCAAGACAUGGGAGAAAGAUGGGCAAGGCGAGGACUUUUGAUAGAAGAAUGUAUAAAGAUUUUUAGAGAGUUGGAUAUUGAGUACCGCGUAUAUCCUAUGAAUGUCAAUGUUACAUCCAUUCCACCUCUCAAUUACGCUCAAGUCCCUCCUCAUUUAGAAGGUGGGAAAGAGUUUGUUCAUUCUUAAAAGUUUCAACUAAUACAUUACAAGAACAACUUCAAUGGUUCUUAUUUAGAAUCGGACAA